AUAAAAGACAGACUGUUAUCCUUUGGUCAUAAUUAAAAAUGAUCCAUCAAGGCAUCAUGUAUAUGCAUGAAUUAAUGCACAAUUUGAUAUGCUGAUGUACAGAACUGGGCGGGCUUUCCUUAAAGUUAAAAUAUACCUGCAUGAUAGCUAUCUAACACUUCACUAACACUACACAGGAAUGUCCCAAAACGUUCUUAAGCGUCGUCGACCUCAAAUCUCGAAUCCAGCAGAAAUGUCGACCCCGCGGAAACAGAAAUUCUGUGAGAAAGGUAUGUGUCUGUUCGUUAUAUUGGUGGCCGUAGUGGCAGGCAUCGUCGCCGUGUGUGUGGUCACUCUCACGGACAAGGACCUACGUCAGAGAGUACCAUCCCCGCCUCGGCUGGAGUGGUGGAAAACGACCAUUAUUUACCAGAUAUAUCCUCGGUCAUUCCAGGACUCUAACGGAGACGGAACAGGUGACCUGAAAGGUGUGACCAAGCGUCUCGAUUAUCUGCAGGAGCUAGGGGUAGGGACCCUAUGGCUAAGUCCUUUCUAUAAGUCUCCAAUGAGGGACUUUGGGUACGACGUUCAGAACUAUACUCAAGUGGACCCACUGUUUGGCACAAUGGACGACUUUGAUGUUCUAAUGAAAGAGGCCAAGAACAGAGGUCUACGUGUACUGGUUGAUUUCGUUCCGAACCACACCAGCAACGAGAGUUCGUGGUUCAACAACAGUCGACACAGCAUCGGCAAAUACCGGGACUAUUACAUCUGGGACGACGGCGUCAACUGUUCCACGUGUCCAGAUACCAACUUCAAAAGGCCGCCAAAUGAUUGGAAGAGCGCUUUUCGCGGGUCGGCGUGGACCUAUGACGACAAUCGUAAACAGUUCUACUACCACGCCUACCUCGACUCUCAGCCGGACCUAAACGCUAGCAACCCGGACGUCAGGCAAGAAUUGAAGAACGUCUUGCGUUUCUGGUUAGAAAAAGGCGUGGACGGUUUCCGAGGUGAUGCCAUCAGAAAACUGUUCGAAUUCGAAGAUGUCCACAGGAAUGAAAACGGCGUUUUGAACUUGACCAGAAACCUCCCUGGCGUAUAUCCCGUGAUGAGAGAAUGGAAACAUUUUUUAGACAAAUAUUCGCAUGGGAAAGGGCAAGAAAAAAUAUUGAUAGCCGAGUCCUACGGAAUCACAAACGAAAUGAGGGAUGCUUACUAUGAGGUAGACUCGAUACCAUUCAACUUUGCUUUUGUUCAAAAACUAAACCCAUCGUGUAAAGCUCGGUGUAUCAAACAAAUCAUAGAGACCUCCCUGGAUGGACUGAAGGAGGAAUGGUGGCCCAACUUUGUGCUUGGUAGUCAUGAUGUCUCUAGAAUAGCGUCCAGAAUGGGGGACUCGUUUGUGAACGUGCUGAACAUUCUGCUGUUGACCGUGCCAGGGACACCGACCACGUACUAUGGGGAGGAGAUCGGGAUGAAGGACACCUUCUACACGUACAGCGAGAGUCGGGACCCGGCCGGCCUCAACUACAAGGAGGAUUACCUCAAGUACUCUCGAGACCCGGGCCGAUCGCCUAUGCAGUGGGAUUCCUCCACUAAUGCAGGGUUUUCUAAUGGAACACCGUGGUUGCAUGUCAAUUUGAAUUAUCCAGUUCUAAAUGUCGAGGAGCAACUGUCAAAAGAAACGUCUACGUUAAACAUUUAUAAAAGUCUUGCAAAGUUAAGACAACUUCCAUCGUUUACAAACAAGAAUAUUAUUUUUUCCACCGUCAACGAUGAUAUUAUCUCGUACGUGAGGAGUGAGUCUGGACACCCAAAAUACCUGGUGGUCUUGAACGUUGGGUCCCGAGAUUCGGUGGUGGACUGCAGUGGUCCUCCGUUGGGUGUGUCAAAUGCACAAGUUGUUCUGGCCGCCGGUAGUUCUCUAUUGGGAAUUUCUUCAUACAGAAUGGGAGACAUUGCUGAUUUACAGGCUAUUCGUUUGAAAUCUGCAGAGGGAGUGAUAUUUAAAAUAUGAAGUGUAAUAUAUAUUUUUUUAGUAAAUUUAUUAUUGUUUACAAGAAUCAAUAAGCUAAUGCUGUGUUUUGUCAAUUCUAAUUUAUAAUCAUUACAAAGGAAUAAAUAGAGAAAAAUC